AUGGCUGAGUCAAAUAUUUCAGUAGCUCAGGACGAGUUUAGCUGUUCAGUCUGUCUGGAAACACUGGAGGAUCCAGUAACUACAUCAUGUGGACACAGUUUCUGUAUGGUGUGUAUCAAUAAACACUGGGAUAAGGAGGAUGAUAAGGAAACAUACAGCUGUCCACAGUGUAGGAAAACCUUCACUGCAAGACCUGUUGUGAGUAAAAACAUUAUUCUAGCUGGAGUUGUGGAGAAACUGAAGAAGAAAGAAUCCCAAGUUCCACUUCCUUUUGGACCUGAAGAUGUGGAGUGUGAUUUCUGUACUGGGAGAAAAUACAAAGCUGUUAAAUCCUGUCUGGUGUGUUUGGCCUCUUACUGUGAAACUCACAUUCAGCCUCACUAUGAAUCUCCUGCUUUUAAGAAGCACAAGCUGGUUAAAGCCUCCAGACAACUCCAGGAUCAGAUCUGCUCUCAGCAUGAUAAACUGCUGGAGGUUUACUGUCGUACUGAUCAGCAGUGUAUCUGCCUGAUGUGCACCAUGGAUGAUCAUAAAGGACAUGAUACAAUAUCAGCUGAAGGAGAAAGAGCUAAGAAACAGAUGCAGCUGCUGGAGAUCCAGAGAGAAUUCCAGGAGAAGAUCCAGAACAGAGAGAAGGAACUUAAUGAGCUGAUAAAUGCUGUGGAGUCUCACAAAUUUUCUGCAAAGACAUCAGUGAAGAACAUUGAGAGGAUCUGUGCUAAACUAAUUAACUCAAUUAGGAGAAGAUGCUCUGAGGUGAAAGAUUUGAUCAGAGAUCAAAGGAAUGCUAAAGUGAGUAAAGCUGAAAAAGUCGUGAAGCAGCUGGAGGAGGAGAUUGUAGAUCUGAAGAAGAAAGAUGCUGAACUGGAGCAGCUUUCACACACAGAGGAUCCCAUCCAUUUCCUCCAGAAGCAGCUGCUGAAGAUCCAGAGAAAAUUCCAGGAGAAAAUCCAGAACAGAGAGAAGGAACUUAAUGAGCUGAUAAAUGCUGUGGAGUCUCACAAAUGUUCUGCACAGACAUCAGUGAAGAACAUUGAGAGGAUCUGUACUAAACUAAUGAACUUAAUUAGGAGAAGAUGCUCUGAGGUGAAAGAACUGAUCAGAGAUCGAGAGAAAGCUGAAGUAAGUGAAGCUGAAAAAGUCCUGAAGCAGCUGGAGGAGGAAAUUGUAGAUCUGAAGAAGAAAGAUGCUGAACUGGAGCAGCUUUCACACACAGAGGAUCCCAUCCAUUUCCUCCAGAGUUUUCAGUCUCUCUCGACUCCUGCUGGAUCUGCAGAAUCACCCGCCAUCACAAUCAAUCUUUUCCUCUCAUUUGAUAAAGCUACAGAGUCUGUAUCUCAGCUGAAAGAGAAAGUAGAAGAAUUCUGGAAAGAGCAGUUUGAGAAGAUACCAGAUGAAGUGAAGAAAGUCCGGAUUAUUUCACCUCCUAAACCUGAAAUCAGAGAAGAUUUUCUACAAUAUUUCUGUCAGUUCACACUGGAUCCAAACACAGUAAAUAAAAACCUCCGUCUGUCUGAGGAGAACAAAGUAGUGACCAGGAGUGGAACAGAACAGUCGUAUCCUGAUCAUCCAGAUAGAUUUAAUUAUUACUCUCAGGUUCUGUGUAGAGAGAGUGUGAGUGGACGCUGUUACUGGGAGGUUGAGUGGAGUGGGAAUAAUAGGGUUUGUAUAGCGGUGUCAUAUAAAAGCAUCAGAAGGAAGGCACGUGGUUCUGAGUGUUGGUUUGGAUGUAAUGAUCAGUCCUGGAUUUUGUUCUGUUCUCCAUCCAGAUUUUUAUUCCGGCACAAUAACAAAGGAACUAAAACCCCCAUAAUGCCGAGUUCCUCUAGAAUAGGAGUGUAUGUGGAUUACAAAGCAGGAACUCUGUCCUUCUACAGCGUCUCUGAUACAAUGAAGCUUCUCCACAGAGUUCAGACCACGUUCACUCAGCUCCUCUACCCGGGGUUUUGGGUUGGUUUGGGAACAAAAGUGAAACUGUCAGAUUCAACAAAAUAAAAUGUAAAAUUUACAUGAAAGUGUUA